UCAAUCGGACGGCGCGGAUUUCUGAAUAUUGCCGCAGGUCAGUGCGCUAUUAUCGCUAUUCUGUACGCUGUGUGUGAAUACUGCGCUGCUGCGGGACAGAUCAAGAUGUGCUCCUUGGACCUUUUCCCUCCACCUUUGCCUCGUGGCGAUGUCCUGCUGUAUGAAUACAACAAUACAAUGGUCCCCUGGAUGGCUGAUGAAAGUCCACCUCCCUCAUUCAGCUCUGCGAUGGUCAAUGUACCUGAACUUUUGAUUCCUCUAGAUGCCUUGAAGGCUCCUGGGCGGAUGGAGCUGAGCAGCAAAGCAGCAUUUAUACAUCACAAGGAGACGGUCUGGAAACGCUGUUUGAAUGCAUGGCACCAGAUGGGACUUGCUGGACUGCUGGAGGAGAUAUCCAACUCUGAGGAAGAGGCGCCUCCUUUACUGUGUCACGUCUCGCGCUGUUCUCUUGCGGCAUGCCGAUGGGUUUCUUCUUUCCAUGGAUCACUUUUUCCACACCUUUUAAUGAAAAGCGAGGAUCUCACUGCUGAGUUCUCACAGGCUUGUGACUGGGCCAGCUGUUCUCUUCGAGCCUUUGCUUGGCACCCUCACACCAACAAAUUUGCCCUGGCACUUGUGGAUGACUCCAUUCGAAUCUACACCACAGGAAGCCCAACAAUACCUACAUUAAAGCACCGUCUGCAGAAGGAUGUGGCAAGUAUGGCGUGGAAACCGCUGUGUGCCUCUAUCUUAGCUGUGGCGUGUCAGAGCUGCGUCCUGGUGUGGCACAUCGACCCCACCUCUCUGUCUACAAGGCCUUCAUCAGGCUGCGCUCAGAUCCUUACACAUCCGGGUCACAGUCCAGUCACCAGCGUUGCUUGGUCUCCUAAAGGUGGAGUGUUGCUGUCCGCGUCCCCUGUGGACACUGCUAUGUUGGUGUGGGAUGUCUCUACAGAGAGCUGUGUAGCACUACAGAGAGUAGGUGGGGGAGGUGUCACUUUCCUGUCCUGGUCUCCAGACGGCAGCAAGGUGCUGUCUGCCACCCCAUCUGCUGUGUUCAGGGUAUGGGAGACACACAUGUGGACUUGUGAGCGCUGGCCAACACUCAGUGGUCGCUGUCAGACUGGAUGCUGGAGCCCCGAUGGCAGUCGUCUGCUUUUUGCAGUGAAGGACGAGUCUAUAAUAUACAGUUUAUCAUUCUCUGUAUUAGAGGGGGAGGCACAAGCUUGUGUUGGUGGAAGUGAACGUGCGAUACCAGUGGCUGAUGUGUCUGAAGUGGUUUUUGAGAGAGACGAAGGGGGGGAGGUCAGAGUUGGAGGGGAAAUACAGUCUAUGGUCUGGGACCCAAGUGGAGAGAGGCUGGCCGUGCUGCUGAGAGAGAACCCAAAUGAUAAGACAAGUGAAGCCGUAAUCGCCGUCUACCGCACUAAGAACAACCCGAAGUUUGAGCUCCUUCCUUGUGGCUUCAUUCCAAGCAAAAUUGGAGAGGAUCCACAACUCAUGCAGUUUCACCCGUGUUUCCACAAAGGGGCACUACUUUCUGUGCUCUGGAGUUCUGGCCGCCUCUCCCAUGUGCCCUUCUACUUUGUGAAUGCACAGUUUCCUCGCUUCAUUCCUGAGACUGGUACCAAUGUAUCUGGAGACGCCGGCAGCACUUGUGCCGUACGGUCACUCUUCUCAGAAGCAUAAACUUGACAUAAUGAAUUGUUCAUGUGAAAUAUGUCCUAUUAAUAUAAGGACCAUUCAUCACUAAACCUUUCAGGUUCUCAUAUAAUAUUUUGAAAUCCAGAAUCAUAAGAGGCUCCGUUUCUCUCUCUAGUAUACUGCCGACUGAAUUGGACUUCAUGUAUUGGAUAAUUUAUGCUUAACCCGUACAGACCGUGAAAAUUCACUUCUUCAGUAGCAGCCAUUUGCUACAGAAACUUGCAGCUUGGAGAUCUCCACGUGUGGGCUGCCGUUCCAAGGCAUGGAUGUAGAUGGGGAUCAUUCAUUCUGCUUUACCCUCAUUCUUGCCAGUGUUUUGUUGAGGAAGGAGCUAUGCACAGAUUGCUGUUCUGUUUUCAUGUUAAAUGUGAUCUACAUAAGGACACAUAGAAUUUUCUCAUAAAAAAAAAAUAUAUAUAU